CCACUGCACAAUACCAAUAUAACGGGUUACACAUUUUUAAAAAUGUAGAAAGGCGGGGUUUUCAUCAACUUAUAACUCAAAAAUAGAUAUAUGUGUUUUUCCUGAAACUAAUGUCGAUGAGGAGAACCAGUCCAUAGUUUAUGGAGUCCGCCCCGCCGUCGUAACUAAAUCUUGUUGACGUUCAGGCUGAAAUCAGUCGGUGAGAGAAUCACCAAAGGUGGAGGAGAUCGCUUCGUGGAGAAAUGUAAAAAUGGCAAAAAUGAAAAAGGAAUCCAUCUAGUGGCAAGGAAUUACUAUGUUAUUGGCAUCAUUAGUUAGACUGAGCAGACAAUUACAAAUUGUUACCGAGAUUCCAAGAAUCAGUGGAAUUAGUACCGGUCGCUAAGGAAACCAACUGGUGUGAUGUAUAGGAACUUUGUGUCAGAAAGAACCUCCAGAGGAUUUCAGCAAAAUGUAUGGUAAAAAUAACUGCAAGACAAUUAUUGUCCUAGUAUUUUCCCUCAGUUUUAUGUUCAACUUGCUGGCAUACCUUACAUACGAUGCCAGUAGGGCACAUUUGCCAUUCCAGGAACACGUCCUGCAGGACCACACCAGAUUCAUAUUUUCCUCGGAAGGGCAACAGGCACGAAGUGAAAAUCGACUUGUAAAUUCGUUUGCACCUCUUGCAAUCUCCGAAGAAAGAACUGUGAAAAUAAGUGCUCAGCAGUUCUUAAAAGCGAGGUUAAAAUCUCCCGAAGUUUUAUCGAGAAAACUUCAAGAAGAAGAUACUUCAAAUGUUGACCAAGAUAGUUCGAGUACAACCAUUGGUAACAUCACUAAUAUACAUAAUCCUCAUAACUAUGAUUACGUCAUCAAUCAGCCAGGCCUAUGUAAGGGAGAUAACCCGUUAGAUUUAAUCAUUAUGGUCUGUACUGGUGUGUCAGCGUUUGUCAAAAGACAGGCGAUUCGAAACACGUGGGGAUUGUAUUUGAAGGAACAAAAAUCAGUGAAAUUGAUAUUUUUUCUUGGAGUACAAAACGAGUCAAGUAUUCAAAAGAAAGUGUUUAAAGAAAGCAAUACUUACCAUGACAUUAUACAGGAAAAUUUUCGAGAUUCAUAUAGAAAUUUAUCGCUAAAAUCAGUUGGAGCACUCAAGUGGAUGAAAGACUAUUGCAACGUAGCAAAAUUUGGACUAAAAGUUGAUGAUGAUAUUUUUGUUAAUAUUCCUAAUCUUAUGGACACACUGUCCAAAGUGACUCAUCCUCGUAUUAUCAUUGGACAUCUCUUUGUCGGCGCGCGUCCAAUCAAGAACAGACAUUCUAAAUGGCACACGACGAAGGACCAGUUUCCGGGGGACGUGUACCCGCCAUAUGUCUCCGGAACCUGUUACAUCGUCUCAAAACAAGCUGCAAUAGACAUCUACCGCGUUUCAUUAAAAACAAAAUUAUUUUGGUUGGAAGAUAUUUAUAUCACAGGAAUUUGUGCAGAAAAGGCUAAAAUAAAACUUGUUCACGAGUCUGAGAUAACGUUUAUGAGGCGUGACGCAACUGGUUGUGCUUUUGAACGUGCUCUAACAGGGCAUGAAGUGAAACCGAAAGAAAUGUUCAAAAUUUACAACGAACUACGGAAACCGGACCUUAAGUGUAGUCUCAAUGAUUCAUAUACAGAACCAACAAACUUCAGUACUAAUUUGUCUAAAUAGGUCAAUUUAACCUUCAAUAAUCAUACAUAUCAUAGAUGCGAAAUGGGGGUGUGAAGAAAAGGAAGAAGGACACACCUCUUUACACUAACCACAGGCUUCUUCUUCUUAUUAGUAUUUAUAGAAAAAUAUAUAUAAGCACCUACCCUUACUGAUAUACAUGUAUUAGGUGUAGGGGCUAAUAUUUUUUUCUUGUAAUACUAACCAGAAACAGACACCUGUGCUAACUCACGCACGUGUCUAAGGAGAAGAAUUAAAAUUACAUUUUUACACCUGUGCACUGUAUAUAGAUGUAUUACAUUGUAUAGUAUUACAAUGUUUAUGUACAAUGUAUUAUGAAUUCCACUUUUAUAAAUGUUUAUAUGUAUUCAAGGUUAAACCUAUUGGUUUCAUUUUGGUUAGUUUAGGAAAUCAUAAAUCCAAUUGAGCACGAGGUAAGUUACGUAAACGCUUAGCAAUGUAUUGAGUAAGUACUACAAUAGUUUCUUUUAACAAUAACAGCGUUCAAAAAGUCUGAUAUAAACAUUUACAUUGUGUGAUCAACGGUCAAAAUUAGUUUGACGUCAAGUUCAAAAGCUGUUGACAGAUAGUUAACCCCGCCCACUUUCUUCGUUACAACAAAGAAGAAAAAAUCCCACAUUCCAAUUAUCUACAUUAAAUCGCAAUAUUUUAUUUAUUACAUGUUGUUCAUGAAAUAAUAAUUUCAUAUUGAUAUGAAAAAUAAGCAUGGCGUUUGUUACUUAACACUGACACGUGGUUUAUGGACAGAACUUGAACUGGGCCACGUUCUACAAUCACGUUGCUGAAAAAUAUAUGUAUAUUACAAUCCACUGUAUAUAUAUAUUAUAUAUAUAUCACAUGGAUGACAGUGUAUGAAUUACACUCUAAUGAAUUGUAUAUAUGUUACAUAUAAUCAAGAAAAUUGGAUUAUUACCAAUGAUGGAGAUAUUUCGAAAAAAAAUCUAACGGUUCUUCUCCUUUUUUACUGGAAAUACGCAAUAGCCCUCUUGCAGGAAAGGGGAAGUAACUCUGAUAUAUCAGAAUGCGACUUUGACUAAAUGCACUGUACGGGUAUACCCUGGUUGGAGUAUGUCUGCAUGUAUCAAAAUUCUAUUUCGUCAACACCAUUCAAUGUUCCGGUACACAGGCAAUAUUCCUUCACGUGAAAUUUUUCACGUGAAAUUCAUGUGAAAUUCACGUGAAGGAAUAUUGCCUGUGUAUGUAAAGUGCUGAGUCGUGAUUAAAAUAGCAUAAUACACGCAUAGAACAAUCAUGUAAUCGACAUCUAGCUGUUGUCCAUUUCUUUUUAAGUGCUGUGUAAUAUAAACAUGUAUAUAUUAUAGAAUUUCAAUGAUUAACAUGCUAAACAUAUCAUAAUCAGAAUAAAUAUGAUCACAUUAUAAUACAUAAUUAUCUCGGUCAAGGUCAUAUCUGAUUUCCCCUUGACGUUGUUUCUGCGAUGACAUCAUUGUGUUUUUAAAACUAAAAAUUAAUUAAUGCAUAUUUGUUGUAAAUUAAUGUUUAGAUAAAUGAAUAACUUUUAUUUCAUUUCUUUAUUUAGAAUGCAGAAACGUUUGUACAAUUUCAAAUUUCAACUCUAUCGUAAUGUCUAUUUUUAGUUGUGACCUUGACCCGUAUGUGAAUGUAACGCACAAAUUGCUUUUUUUGCGUCCUGUCACGUGUGGAUGGUAUUUCUUUUGUAUUUUUAAUUAUUUCAGUUUAAACAUGUGUCUUCAAUUUUAUACCAUGUUUUGUUACGUUUGCGUCUCUGAUAACAAUAUCUGUAACAUUACGAAUACUGUAAUAAUACAUAUAUACAGUAUAUGGGCCCUGUGAUAGGGAAUCCGUGCCAAUCUCUAUGGUUACAUGUCUAUGUGUGUCAAUUUAAAGUGGUCGUGGCAUCAAUUUCUAUCUCCUGUAUGACUGAUCUGGUGAAUGAGAAUUCUAGCUUUGACCAUAAGAAAAAAAUAUCUUUAGUCCCAAUGGACUAGUCUAGGGUAAAUCGACAUUUUAACAGGCGAUUGUUGUGUUGGAUUCACAGGGACUUGACACAAAUGUCCAACCCGCGGUCCCUAUACAUGGACUAUAUGUGUGUACUGCGAAGCUAGGAUUUCGUGCCUAGUCUCCGUGCUGGCCCUUUUAGGUCAGAUGACCUAUAGCUAUCUUGUUUUGUCCGUCGUUGUACGCCGUUCUGGAACAUUCUGCUGUCGAGAUAGACGCCAUGACCGCCAUCUCGAAAACACAUUUUAUGCUUCUUCAGUUCCAUUGGCGCCAUUGAGCUAAAAAUGGUGGGCAUGUUAGGAAAAGCAAGCCGAUACAGUGUUAUUGUUCGGCUUCGUCAAAAGUUGUAUAUAGCAACCACGGCGGCCAUAUUGUAACUUGAUUGGCAAUCAUGGUUAUUCCUGAACAACAUCUAUUUCAAUCUUCUACUCAAGUUCCACAUGUGCGAUUCAGCUUAAGCGUGACUGAAAUAAUCCUGAGAUAGUCCUAAUAGUUAUCUUUUUUUUUUAGGUCGGUUCGAAAUCCAAGAUGGCGCUAUCUUGAAAAACACGUUUUAAACUUCUUCUUAAGUUCCACCUGUUUGAUUUAGAUUAAAUGAUCCAAAGAUGGUCCGAAAUCCAAUCCAAGAUCAAAUCCUGGAUUUAAUUGAUACUUGCCAGGAGUGAUCUCGAGAUGUAUCUAACCAAGUGUUGAUAAUUUCUGGGUUGAUUCGAAAUCCAAGAUGGCCGCUAUGGCUGCCAUUUUGAAAAUGAUAUUUUGAUAAAAUCUUCAGCAGUUCCUCCAGUUAAUUAAACUUAAUUGAAAGUUACCAGGGAUGAUACUGAGCUCUUCCUGAUCAAGUGUGGUUAUUUUCCCACAUGGAAUCCCAUUUUUUCACUGUAUCACUAUACUGCUAGUGUAUAUAACUAUACUAUUGUUAGGGUCUUUGUAAUCAGGUGACCGUGAAGCCCCAUGGGCCUCUUGUUGGUAAAAUUUUGCUACCUUGAACACAUCUAAAUUCUAUGCUAAUCAAGGAUGACCUAAUUCUUGACCUCGAUCCUAAUACGGAAUGGUCUAUUGUCUGGAAAUGCAGAUUUAACGUGUGUGUGUCGUGCGCGCGCUCAUUGUGUGCGCAACAGUGUAUAAUUGAGUGGAUGGUAUUAUGCAAAAGUCUUGUUGAUUUCUCUGUUGAUUUUUAUACUGAUAAAUGUAUCUGUGAUAAUUUUAAUUAAUAAAAAUGAUUAAAUGAA